AACCAAAGAGGAAGAAGGAGAAGAAGAACGGGACGUAUGAUGCGCUCUCCGCCGACAUGAAGGCACUCAGGGCAGCUUCUGCCUUUGAUUUUAAAGACUAAGCCUUGUUGUUUCUACAAGUGCUGGAUCCGCUAACUGGACUUAAGUAGAUGCGACACCGAAACAAUAGCUUGGUCCUGCAGAAUGUCCAAGAUCAGGCGGAAGGUAACAGUGGAGAAUUCAAAAACCAUAUCCGACAGCAGCAGCAGCACCACAACCAGCAGCACCACCAACCCCGCCGCCCCCUCCCGCAGGCCCAGCGUGUUUGAAAGACUCGGACCCAGCACUGGGAGUAAUGCUGCCGAUAGUCACUGUAGAAAUUGGCUGAAGACUGGUAAUUGCAGUUACGGCAACACUUGUCGCUACACACAUGGAACUCAGCCACGGGGCAAAGGAUUUAGCUUUAGCCGGUCAACCGAGAGGCCCACAGGUGAUCUGCGGGAGAGGAUGAAGAAUAAAAGACAGGAUGUUGACCCGGAAAACUUGAAGCGAGACUUAGACGAGCCCACAUCCCCCACACUGAGACAGAGAGACUCCUCCAGAGGCCGACACAGGGAGAAGGAGGAUAUCAAGAUCACAAAAGAGCGCACCCCAGCCAGCGAAGAAGAACCCACAGAGUGGGAAACCAAUCGUGAAGACUCGGAUAUCGGAGACUACGACUACGAGUUAUCCCUAGAAAUGAAGCGGCAGAAAAUUCAGCGCGAGCUGCUGCAGCUGGAGCAGGAAAAUUUGGAAAAGAGAGAAGAGAUCCUCAUCAAAAAAGAUGAGACUCCAACAAAAACAAGAACCACGGCCUUGCCAAAGGCCUCUCCUGAGCCGUUGAGCUCCAAGGAUUCCUCCUCGUCCCGGAAGUCCAGCGGCUCCCCGAAACACAAAGGCGGAACCAAAGGGCCGGGCUCCGGGAAGAAAGAGAAGAAGGCGUCAGUGUCUUCGCCGGUUUCAGAAACUGCCAGGUCUUCAAAAGGCAGCCACAGUAAGAAGAAAGGGCCCCGCACCCCGAGUCCUCCGCCCCCGGUCCCCCUGGACAUUCCCGUGGUGGGGAAGAAACACAAGGGCAAGCACAAAAACAAGGAGAAGUCUGAGGAGAAGCAAAAGGAAGGGAAAGAUCGGGGACGGGACGCGGAGAAACAUAAAGAGAAGAAGGAGAAACGGAGGGACCGAUCAGACAGUUCCCACAAGGCCAAGCGGAUGGUGACGUCAGAGGAGCGUUCUGGUAGUGUUUCGUCUCCGUCCAGGGGGCCGUCGCCGUCAAACAGGAAGAAAUCUGCCUCACCUAAAGCAUCGUCCCAUAAAACCCCCGCGCUAGCUUCCCCCCCUCACAGGUCUCCUUCCCCUCUCCGCCACCACAGCCCGCCGACCCCUCCCCGCCACCACUCCCCGUCCUCACACUCGGGCUCCUCCGCCCAGAGGAACUCCCCCUCCCCUCGGCGGCGGCGUUCCUCUUCCCCCGCCUACCACCGGAGUUCCGGGACGCAGGCGUCUGCCUCCUCGCCCCCGAGCUCCCGGCGCUCUCGCUCGCCGCCCGCCUCCAACGACAACUCCUCGCCCCACCGCCGCUCGGACAGGUCCAGCCCCAGCCGGAGGCACUCCAGGGGCCGAGAGAGGAGCCGCGGCGACCGGGAGAGGAGCCCGCCCGUCCAGGAGCGCCGACACGAGCGCAGAGAUGACGGACGCAGCAAACGAGAUAAAGACAGCGUCCGCGACGACCGCGACUACGACUCCGAGCAGGUCUCGUCCCGCGACUCCCGCGACGACAGGGAGACGAGAGAGGCGCGCGAGCGGCGGGAGGCCCGCGACCGAGGGAGGGAGACGACCCGGGAGUCCCGCGACGCCAAGGACUCGAGGGAGAGCAGGACGGAGGCGCGCUCGAGCCGGGAGUCGAUCGAGCGGCGCGACCGCGAGCGGGAGCGGGAGAGGGAGCGGGACAAGGAGAGGGAGCGGGAGAGGGAGAGGACCGACUCCCACAGGAAGGAGGAGCUGGCUCAGGACGACAGGAGCUACGGGAGAGGCCACGGGCGGGACGACGGAGGCAGGAGCGAGGGACGGAUGGAGAGCAGGGCGGAGCGAGCCGACAGGAACGGACGAGGAAGAGGGCGCGCGAACGAAACGUCCGAUAAAGGCUCAAACAGAAACUCCCGGGGUUCCCAGCUGGAGAGCAGCCGCGACAACUGGGAGUCGAGGAGCAGCGUGGCGCGCGAGCGGAGCGCCGAGAGGAGCACGGAUCGCGGCACGGAAAGAAGCUCGGAGAGGGGCUCGGACCGGGACCGCUACGAGAGCGACAGGAGAGGAGAACCGGCCCGAGACUCGUCCUACGACAGGAGGGGGGGACAUGGAGAGAAGGACCGCAGGGACAACCGGGAGAGAGACCAAAGGGCGGCUUCUCCCAGCAGACACCAGGGGAGAUCGGAGGAGUCUGAGAGGGAGGAGAGGAGGGACGACCGCAGGGUAGACAGGGCCGAGGACAGACGGGAGGACAGGACCCGCGACCGGGACCGGGAGAGAGACAGGGAGCGGGAGAGGGAACGGGAGAGGGAGAAGGACCGGGAGCGAGAGAGGGAGAAGGAGAAGGAGCGGGAGAAGGAGAGGGAGGCGGAGAGGGAGAGGGUCAGGGAGAGGGAGCGGGAGCGGGAACGAGAGAGGGAGAGAGAGAGGGAGCGGGAGAGGGAGGAGCGGGAGAGGGAGCGGGAGGAGAGGGAGAGAGAGAGGGAGGAGCGGGAGAGGGAGAGGGAGAGGAAGGAGAGGGAGAGGGAGCGGGAGAGAGAGAGGGAGCAGCGGGAGCGGGAGAGGCAGCGGGAGUGGGAGGAGAGGGAGAGGGGGAGGGAGGAGAGGAGGGAGAGGAGGGACGACACCAGGGACGACCGGCCCGUUCGGGACGCGAGGGAGGAACGCAAGUUGAGCCGCAAGAGGCCCCGGGUGGAGAGCAGCCCCAGCCCCAGACCCUCCCCCAAGAGGACCACGCGGGACCUCAGCCCGGCGGACAGCGACGGAUACAAUAGCGCGGACGAGAAAAAUGGAGAUAAGCAUCGGCUGCUGAGCCAGGUGGUGAGGCCCCAGGACGCCUUGCUGAGGUCGCCGCCGAGGGGCGCUCCCUCCGAGGACAAGGCCGCCCACUGGAAGGACGAGGAGCGCAGGGGGGCCGGCGACAAGAGAGAGGCGCGGGGCCGCCACGAGGACCCGGAGCCCCGGGCGGAGCGAAGCCGAGGGGGCGACAGGCGCGGCGGCGGCGGAGGCGGAGAGCACCUCCCGGACGCGCCGUCCGACUCCCGCGGCCGAGGCAGAGAGCAGCGAGAGCCCACGCCGCCGCCGCUGACGUCGCUGCCGCCGCCCGCUCCCUCGGGCCUCGCCGCCGCCGGCAGCGACGACAGAGACGCGGCCGGCUCGCAGUCCCACGAGGAAGGCAAAAAGAAGACGAAGUCCCAGAGGAAAAGCUUGAGGAAGGGUCGCAAAGACGAGGAGGUCGGCGGCGGUGGCGGCGGCGGGACCGGCCUGGCCGCUGCGGGGGACCGGUUCAACCCGGAGCCUCCGGUCAGCGCGGCUGCUGCAGACGGGCCCUUACACUCUCCCAGGAAAGGAGCGAAGAAGAAGGCUCUGGAGCGGAAGAGGAAACGGUCACGAGGAGGAGAAUCGGACGGCUCUGAGGAGGACGCUUCCGCUCAUCAGCAGCAUAACAAGAGGAAGAGGGGACCUCGGACGCCGCCGCCCUCAAUGAGGCCCGAUCACCGCGGCGCCGCCGCUAACGCAGAACCCUCCCCUCUCUCCAAAAUGGAUAAUUUCAGCGACUGGUCCGACGAGGAGGUCACGGACCGAGGGGGACCUCUGGAGACGCAGGCGUCCCUCGGCCCUGCCGAGAGGACUCCAGCGGAACCUCUCCGGAGGGGGGCGGGCCAGAGGGUGGGCAGGGACAGAGAGAGGUGCAACCCGCCGGCCAUCGCCCCCCUGCUCCCCCAGGACCCCCCGAUGCUGAUGCAGACCAUGACCCCGCAGCCCCUCAUGUCCCAGUCGCUGCUCCGCAAGCCCCCCCCGGAGCAGGCCCGCAGCAGCAGCAUGGGGAGCAACCAGAGCCGGACGUCGUCCCGGCGCCUGCGCUCGCCCUCCAACGAGUCGGCGCACCGGGAGGACCCCCAGGGGCCGCGGUCGCGCCGGGGGAGGCUCCAGGGCGCCAACUCCCGCGACCGGGAAAGGGAGCGGGAGAGGGAGCGGGAGAGGGAGCGGCCCGUGGUGAACGACCCUCCCGCGGCCGAGAGGAAGUCCCGCAUCGACCAGCUGAGGAGAGGGGAGCCCAGCCGCAGCACGUCAUCAGACCGUCAGGACUCUCGCAGCCACAGCUCCAGACGCAGCUCCCCCGACUCCGAGAGGCAGGCCAGGUCCAGGUCCCGCGCCGGCUCCUACGACAGCAGAGAACGGGAGAGAGACAGGGAGCCGUUCGAGCGGGAGCGGGAGAGGGACCGGAAAGACCUCCGACCUCAACAGCAGCAGCAGCAGCAGCAGCAGCAACCGCAACCGCAGCAGCAGCAGCCGCCUCUGCUCCUCCAGCAGCCCCUCCAACAACAGAGAGACUGGGAACCCGAGCCCAGAGACUGGCUGGGGAGGGGGCGGGAGCCGCUCCUGAUGCGUCCCGGCCGCGAGCCCCUGCUGAGGGAGCGGGACAUCAGGGACAGGGAGCGGCUGCUCCCCGAAGGACUCAACCUGCAGCACGAACGGGACCGGGAGAGGGAGCGGGAGAGGGACGCGAGGGGGGAGAGGGGCGGCGAUCGGGAGAGGGAGAGGAUGAUGAUGAUGGACCUGCCGCCCCACGUCGACCCGAGGGCUCCGGGACGGGGGGACAUCAGGGGGGACAUGCUGAGGCAGGACAGGGGAGACUACGAGCCUCUGCUGCCGAGAGAAGCCUUCAGCCCUCCGGAGUCGGAGAAACCGAGCAACAGCCACCACCACAUGGGGGAGCAGCGGGAGCUGGAGAAGACGGACAGCAUCGACGGAGACGACGACGGGAAGGACGACGACGGCCAGUCGGUCGCUUCUGUGGGAGAGGAGUACGAACCGAUCAGCGACGACGAGCUGGAUGAAAUUCUGGCCGACAGUCAGAAAAAGGAGGAUCAGCAGGACGAUGAGAAGAUCACAGGUCCUCUGGAUGUGAUCGACGUGGACUGGUCGAGCCUGAUGCCCAAACAGAAGCAGGAAGCCAGGGCCGCGGGGGCGGCCUUGCUGCGGUUCACCCCCGGGGCCGUGCUUCUUCGGGCGGGCAUCUCUAAAAGGCUGGCCGGCCCCGAGCUCCUGGAGCAGGUCAAAGAGGUGUGCAAGUCCGAGCUGGACGACCCCAAAGAUGCUGACAAGCUGUUCGAGCACGACCUGGGGGCGCUGAACAUGGCGGCCCUGAACAGGCGGGUGGAGCGAGCGGGUUUACUGAGCAACCUGGGGCCCUGCUGCAAGGCCCUGUGCGCUCGCAGGGACUUCGCCAUCCGCCGGCAGCUGUUAAAAAACGACAAGGGUCUAACCAAGCAGUACCCCACUACGCCUGUAGUAGACAGCGAGCUGCUGCAGAUGAGCAUGCGUCUCUUCAGGAGGACCAUGGCCGGCCAGGCCCCGGCCCCCGAGAGGUCCGACAGUGUGUCAGCGGCGCCGGCGGAGGCUGCUGAAACCGGUAGCAGCAGCAGCAGCAGCGGUGGUAGUAGUAGUGGCAAUAAGCUAAGCACAACACAGCCAGAGGUGUGUGUUUCCUGAAAGCAGAACACGUGAAAGCGAAUAUCGGCCUCCUCUCACCCCCUUUCAAACUCUUUCUGUCCCAUUUCAUCCAUUUUUAGUCAGGACAGAAAAAAGAAACAACAGAAUUGUGACUCUCAUUAUGUUUUAAGUGUUUCCGACGAUCUCCCCUCAUGCUGUCCCAUAGACUGCUGAACUCUCUAGCCUAUGGAGGUGUGUAAUGAACCAUGUAUGAGAAAUGUAAAACACCGGAAUGACUUCAUGUUUUUUUUUUGUUUGUUUUUUUAGUUUUUUUUUUGUGCAUUACAGUGUUUUAGAUCAGAUUUUUAAUCGUCAGUGUCACCGACCUAACCAAGUUCAUACGACUGAUUUGUUUUUCUAUGUUGUGCAUUGGUUUACUACAACUGCGCAUUAAAAUGGUUAGAUGUUGAUUUUCUGUAACGGGUCUUUUGCUUUGUAUGAGCGACACUCGGCUGUUGUUAAUUCGCCGCCGACGACGACACUGCAACAUCCUGCAGGGACUUGAAUGAACAUUUCUCAUCAGUAAGCACUGCCAAACUAUUCCCUCACUGAAUGUACUUUGUAACAGCUGUUAAUUUGUGGGAGCGUCUAUUAUUAUUAUUAUUAUUAUUUUUUUGUUGUUUUGCUAAUUUAUUUCGAAUGGUUUGGCAAUGUCUCCGUGAGAUGAACUGCAGCGACCGCAGAGCGCCCCGAUCACUGCCACGUGGAAGCAUCUCCUCACCGGCACCCCGCAUCGUAGGAAAAGACGGCGUAAGGUUAAAGAGAAAAAGACUGCAAAGAUAAUAAACGUAAUGAACUUCACCUUCGCGGUCACGAUAGGUCGGCUUAGAUGUGGAGUGGGCACAGACGUCCGACGAGCUCCCCCGUAUAAGGAGAGAACUUCCUCAUGUGGACGUCCUGCCUCUGUGUUAACGUUAACCCUUCGUACCCCAGUCUCACACAGCAUGUAGGGCUAAAGGAUACAUUUAAAUCAUGCAAAGGGAUUUUUUUUUUUUUUUUUUUUUUUUUUUUGUAAACAUGGGAUCUAAUAAAACCAACAGGGUUGACGCAAAAGUGCGGAUGUUGCCUGAACUGUGCAGCAAAAGGUGACGCUGGAAGCGGCGUUCCAGGAUAGGAUGAAUAAACAUUUGUCUUUCUACA